AUGCAAAAGAACAUCUGCUAUCGGCAACGGAGGAGAAAAGAAGUCGUCUACGACGAUUGCGUACUCGAGGACUCUUUGUCCCAAGGUGACUGGCACAUCGAGGAGAACACAAACGUGGACUACGAGAUGCUGCUCAGAGGAUUACGAGCCUUUGCUGAACGUGCCUCGAAGCCGCGCACGACAAACUUGGAUCGAAUUUCGAAGACCACCAACAAACUGUUGGAAAGAAGAAGGGCUUUGAGGCUUGAUUCGAAUGCAUCGCACAUUGAGCGGUUAGUAGUAAACACUAGCUGCAGAAAAGCGUUGCAGGAGAAUCUUUUGAAAUACAGGCAGAAGAAGAUUCUGGAAGCAGCACAAAGAGGAACGAGUCUAAAGAACUGCCGCAGAAAUCUCGGCGAAUAUAAUAUUCCGCUAGCAACCUUGCUGAGCGAAGACGGGACUCGCACGUCUUCUCGUCGUGAGAUGGAAAUCAUUACGGAGAGGUUCUACUCGAACCUUUUCCGUUCAUCAACUACUGUGUCAAGCCCGAUCAUCCCCACUGAUGAAGCUCCACCACGGAUUCUCCCUUCGGAAGUACGAGUCACUAUCAAGAGCAUGAAACCUGGCACAGCCCCCGGACUUGAUUUUAUAUCAGCAGACUUUCUUCGGGCUGGUGGCCAUCCGCUUCAAAUAAUCUUAGCAGCGCACAUGACAUUCUACCUUCAGAAAGAAAGAAUCUCAGACCAGUAUAAGACCUCGCAAACCGUUCUUAUCCAUAAGAAGGGUGACCGAGAAGACCUUCGGAACUACCUUCCGAUAUGCUUGCUGAGCGUGUUGUACAAAGUAUUCACCACGAUCAUCAUCACGCGCAUAUCUAAGACGCUGGAUGAAGCCCUGCCUCAAGAACAAGCUGGAUUCCGUCAGGGAUUCAGCUGUUUGGACCACAUCCAGACCGUAUCGAGGGUUCUAACCUUCGUCGACUAUGAGAAAGCCUUUAACAACGUAGAAACGAAUGCAAUACUGUCAGCGCUGGUCGAUCAAGGUGUGGACGCGUCGUAUGUGAGGACAUUAGCUAAUUGCUACGAUCGAUGCACGACUAGGAUACAGUUUUUCCACCGCCCUCUCACCACACCCAUUGGAAAGGGCAUACGACAAGGCGAUACUAUUAUAUAUCGCCGAAGCUGUUCUCGGCUUCAUUGCAAUGGGUAA